GCUUUGAUUGUGGUGCAAAGAAUCCCAGCUGGGCGAGUAUCACAUAUGGCGUCUUCUUGUGCAUUGAUUGCUCAGGGACACAUCGAUCUCUUGGGGUUCACUUAAGCUUUAUUAGAUCGACAGAGUUAGAUUCCAACUGGUCAUGGUUUCAGCUCCGGUGUAUGCAAGUAGGAGGAAACACAAACGCAACUAUCUUCUUUCGCCAACAUGGAUGCUCAACAAACGACGCCAAUGCAAAGUACAACAGCCGAGCAUCCCAGCUUUAUCGGGAGAAAAUAAAGUCCCUUGCGACACAAGCAACCAGAAAGCAUGGCACAGAGCUGUGGAUCGAUGGGUGUGCGGUCCCACCCCAUUCACCCCAGGCUAAAGAAGAGGACUUCUUUGCUGCACAUGUAGAGGUUAGUGAUACAGAAUGGUCUACACCACAAACACCGGCGAUCUCUCUAUUCGAGAACCCUCCAGAAAGUGUCUCUGAGACCACUCAAGGUGAACCAGAGCUCGGUCCGAGUGUGGAUAUUCUCAGCAUGUCCCCAAAAGCCUCACUAGCCGAUGCAGGAAGCGCACCUUGCAAAGAAACUGGUUCCAUUAUUAAAAAGAAACCCACCUCGGCAAAGAAAGGGCUUGGAGGAAAAAAAACUGGCCUCGGCGCUCAGAAAGUGAGCAGCAAAAGCUUCAAUGAGAUUGAGAAACACGCCCAGGCUGCAGAAAAACUGAAGGAAAAAGACGUGGCCGUCUCCACUCCAAAGCCAGAAGAAGAUAUGGUCGGUUCUUUACGUCUGGCGUACAAAGAACUGGAAAUCCAGAAACACAAAGACGACGAGAAACUCAAAAAUAUGCCUGCCAAGAAAAAGGCUGAUGCAGAGCGGCUUGGCAUGGGGUUUGGCAAUCGAAGUGGGAUUUCACAUUCUGUACUCUCUGAGAUGAAAACAAUUGAACAAGAAGCUCCGAAACAUGCAAAACCUAAGAAACCAUAUCCAGAAGAAGAACCUGAUGAUUUCUUUUUCAGGUCCUCCCGCUCACGAUAUCGUGAUGAGACUCCGGAACCUGUUAGCAGUUCUUUCCAGAACUGGGAAGAUACUUCCGAUGAUUUCUGGAGGAAGGAAAGUGGGAUCACGGAUAUCUCAAUGUCUCUUGGGCACAAAACCUCCAGUUAUGACGAAAGACCCACAACCCGGCGAAAACCUGACCUGGAGCCAGCUUCCUCCACCGAUGAUGCCCAGAAGAAGUUUGGCAAUGCAAAGUCCAUUUCCUCAGACAUGUAUUUUGGAAAGCAAGACCACGCUGAGUAUGAAACUAGAUCUAGACUGGAUAGGAUGUCUGGAAACUCAUCCAUAAGCUCAGCUGACCUGUUUGAUGAACAAAAGCAACAGUCGGCAGGAAAUUAUACAUUAACAAAUGUUUUGCCGUCAACACCAGACAUGGCAAACUUUAAGCAAGGUGUGAAGUCUGUAGCUGGCCGCCUCUCUGUUCUUGCCAAUGGCGUGAUGACUUCCAUUCAGGACCGAUAUGGAUCUUAAUUAGCGAGCCUCAAACAUGCAGAGCUUGGAAACAUCAAAGGAUGAAGAAUCCACCAAUGUUUGGAUGUUUUUAUUUUGAUAAAGGAUGUUUUUGUUUUUUCCCUCUCUUUAAAUGUUACUUGACACUUUGCAUUAAGGGUUCAUAUCUUGUGAGUUGGAGGGCACUCACCUCUUGAUAAGCUCCUUUUAGUAUCCGAUGGCUUAUGUUGUAAUUCAGUGCUGAACCCCAUUUAGUACGUGACUGAUUAAAUAUUACCUAGUGUAAUGGAUCUGGUAUUUUUUAACUUGCCACACCUCGCUUUCUCCCCCUCCCCCUUUCGGUGCUUUUAUUUCUCCACUGAACGCACGGAAAUCCUGCCACACCUUCUCUCUUUGCUGCAAAGCCCUCUUUUUUUUGGCUAUUAGUCUUGCCAAUUUACAUACAGCUAGAGGGGUGUGGGCAGGUAGUAAAUACUGCGGCCUGCGUAAUUCAUUGCUUUACUCUCUGAUGGCAAUGGAAAGCAGAAACUUCAAUAUUUCGUUCCAGGACAAUUCACAUAUAAAGAGCCAUUCAUCUUUAACAGUUUUUUCGAAUUUUAGAUAAACCUUCCUUAAAACCAGGAAGGGCAGAUGUAAAUAUUUUUUUUCCUUUUUGUUUAUAUACAACUUGCUUCCCCAAUAAUGACACUAAAUAAAAGGAUCCAUUUAAUUUAUGUUUUGCUUAGAUUAUUGUUGGUCAUUAGAGAGGUAAGAUGACAAAAUCCGAUUCCUUAAAGAAUUGAUUUCAGGUGAAUUUGUCCUCUGUAUUCUGCUAUUUUCCGAGUGUUUUUAUAAUUUGUAUGUUGAGGGAGAGCUGAUCCCUGAUGAUUACAAAGAUUAAGAGAUUUAAUUACAAAUCUGUAAUACCAAUUUGUUCGUAAAACAUACAAAAUAUUUCUAUGCUGUAACCACUUUGCAAACUGUGUAUCGGAAAUGUUUGCUGUUUGAUCUCCCUGUGGGCUCCUUUUUGGCAUCUUAAAUAUUUACACCAUGGGGUAAUUGUAGGACUGUGCCACGUAAUCCAUCUCUUGUCCCGGACUACAAUUCCCAUCAUUCUCUGGCAGCCAACAGAAUAUAUUCCACUUGGGUGUUCCUGCUUUAACAGAAUUAUCGGAACUCUAGUAGUUAAUUUGUACAAAGCAAUGAGCUGAAGAGCCAUAAACACAUGAUUUAAACUACUUUUAUCUAAAUCCCAAAUGUUCAUAUUUUUUGUCCCACAUUAAUUUUCAAUGUGUUAUGGUGGGUGAAUGGCUAAGGCUGGGACAGGCCCUCUCUGACCCCCUGUCCUUUGGAUUAGAUGGCUGCUGUUUAUGGUGUCAGUUUGCCUGUCCCUGGGUAUGUGAUCCAUUUAAUGGGAAACUUGUUCAUAGUGGCUUCUUGUCUUCUAAUACUGGGUUUAUGUGUGUCUGUUGUGUUUUAUGGUCACUACAUAAAACACAACAAUUAAAUUUAAAUACCACUGUGUGGUCACAUUAAGGUUGCCUUAGACUUAAUGCCAGAUGUCACCUUUUCCAAUGUUUGGUGUUACAAUUAACAGCUUUAAAUGAAACCUAACGAAGAUCUAAUCAGGGGAAGAGCCACCAAGGCUGCUAUUUUAUUAUGGAGACAAUCAGACAUAGAUGUAAUGGCUAUUUGUGUAGAUAUAUGCAAUGUUCAUAUAUUCAGAGUAAAUGGAGCUUAGUCACUACUGCUUUAUAGGCAUCCAAGUAAUGCAUUUUACAGUUAAUAUAAAUGAUUUCAUGAACUAUAUUUGAACUAUAGAUUUAUUUUCUCUCCCUCCCCCCCCCCCCCCCCCCCCCCAUUAUUUUGAUUUUAUUUUGUAUCCCAAUUGAACCUGCUGUGUUUUAGACAGCGGAUCGAUUCCCUGGCUUUUUAAUUUUAAUUUUUUUUUACCCUGUGUCUUUAUUUGUAAUUCCGAGCUUUGAAUUUGAGUUCUUUAAUAAACAUUUUAUUGCAGC